GAGCCGGAAGUAAACCAAUAAACUCCGAUGACUUCUCAUGAUCGACCAAAUAUCAAUUUAAAAUAUUCACAGAACGACAAGCGUGACAUACAGAUAUUGGGGAAAGUCUCCUUCCUAAACGAUAAAGGAUGCACGGUCGAGUGAAGAUUAAGUCAACUGCCCAGCAAGAGGAGGAGAAAAGAAAGGAACGGGAGAAAAAACUUAAGAUCUACACGGCGGCACGAGAUGCCUGUUUUUCCAAGAGGAAGGAGGGCGUUCGUGACGCAGAGGCUCUCCACUUGACCCAGCAGCUGCUAUCAUCAAACCCUGACUUUGCAACCCUUUGGAAUUACAGAAGAGAGAUCCUCAUGCACCAGGAGACUGUCAAAGACGAGAGCGAAGUGCAAAAGAUGUAUCAGGCCGAGCUGUCUUUUCUGGAGUCUUGCCUGAAAGUCAACCCAAAGUCAUACGGCAGCUGGCACCACCGAAGCUGGGUCUCGGAACGGGCGCCUCAAAUGGACUGGGUUCGAGAGUUGAGCCUGUGCGACCGCUGCCUCAGCCUGGAUGACCGCAACUUUCACUGCUGGGAUUACCGCCGGAUUGUCGUGAAGAAAUCUGUCGUUCCCGUGGGAAAUGAGUUGGAGUUCACGGACCGACUCAUCGGCUCCAACUUUUCCAACUACUCCAGCUGGCAUUACCGCAGUACCCUGUUGCCGCUGCUCCACCCGCAGUCUCCCGAAGCCGCGCCCCCGUCGGGCUCCUCACCGCCCUCGCCGCAGACUCACUCGCAUCGCGUCUGUGAAGAGCAGCUGCUCAAAGAAUAUGAGCUCGUGCAGAACGCUUUCUUCACCGACCCCAACGAUCAAAGUGCUUGGUUCUACUAUCGGUGGCUGCUUGGCAGAGCCGAACGUGAAGAGAUGAUAAGUUGUGUUUUCAUCAGCCGGGAAGACGAGAGGGUAGCUGUCGGCUUUUCAAGGCCAGUCAAUGCACAGUCCGGUGGCCUUCUGCUGGUUCUCGACGGCCAGCCGCAGCAAGUGGAGUGGAGGAGUGUCCACCCACGAUUUAAACACAGUCCAGUCUGGAUAUGCCAUCUUCCUCCCGGAUCCAUCAGUGACAUCGCUAAUGAGCAGAAUGUGACAGUGCACUGGUCCGAAAAACACGCUCGUCGGGACUGCGCACUGUACACAGGACGAAGUGAGAGUUGGUGUCGCGAUUCUGCCACUGAUCAGGAACUCUUCAGGAGUGAGCUCUCUGUUGAGAAGAGCUCCGUGCUGCAGUCUGAGCUGCAAUCAUGUAACCAGCUGCUAGAACUGGAGCCGCACAAUAAGUGGUGCUUGCUGACCAUCAUCCUACUGAUGAGGGCGCUAGACCCCCUAGGCUACGAGAAGGAGACCCUCGCUCAUUUCCAAACUCUCAAAGUAGUGGACUCCAUGCGCUCAUCCUAUUACAGCGACCUGUGCAGCAAGUUUAUGAUCGAAAACACCAUUUUGAAAAUGGAGUACGCUGAAGUGCGCGUCUUCAGCGUCGCCAAUAAGAACCUGACCACCUUGUGCCAUUUGGACCAGCUGCUCCUCAUCACUCACAUCAAUCUGUCCUCUAACCAGCUGCGGCGCAUCUCCGCUCACUUGUCCAUGUUGCAGUGCUUGGAGGUGUUGGAGGCUGAUAACAACUCCAUAGAAAAUUUGGAAGGUGUCUACUGCCUACCCAAGCUGGAAGAGGUCCUCUUGAAGAACAACUACAUCUCCACUCUGGCGGCGCUCCGGCCGCUCGCCUCCUGCCCCAAGCUGCGGCGCCUCGAUCUCCGCGGCAACCCCGUCGCUCAGAGCCCCGACGUCGAGUCGCAUCUUGCCGAGCUCCUGCCUUCCGUGGCGUGUCUCCUGCUCUGAUGUGCCGACAGCGGGAGUCGGGGCGUCACUCAAGGAUGACGCCGCUGCCGCCGGCCUGUUUGUGAAGGAGUGAGUGGGUGAUUUAUUUUAUUUUUUUCCCCAAGGUGUGCUGCCACUUCCACUUGUUUGGGGGAAAUUCAAUCAAAAUAGCCCCCACUCAUCUGAAAGCCUUUGAAGGUGCAUAUUAAAACAUCUUUAAUGAAAAGUUUGUGCUGUGUGUGUGCGCGCGCGUGUAUCUGUGUGUGCAUGAGUCAUAACCGAUGUUUGUCAAAAUAUGUGUACAAAUGAAGGUCUAUUAAUACCCCUAAAUGCAUGCCGCAACAUCUCCAAUGACGGAACAAAUUGACUGUGUGUGUGUGUGUGUGUGUGCUUGUGUGUGUGUGUGUGGGGGGGGAUGGAUCCGCAUGAUCUACAUUUUAUAAGCUUUAAAGACACCGAAAGCAACAAUGAGGAACUGGAAAGGCACUCCAAGUACCACCAUCAUCAUGAACAACAUUAAAAUACAGAAGCAUCUUAGGUGGAAGUGUUCGUCCUAACGAGACGUGGGGUAUAUUCCUAAAAAGUGUAUUAUUAUUAUUAUUAUUAUUGGUGUUUUUGUAUGCCACUGUAACAUACUGCACUGUUUGAACAUUAACAAGGAAAAUUGAAAAACUGUAACUAGAUAAUUCAAAUAAAAUAUAUUGGAUAUGAAUUCAAAUCCAAAUUGUAAAAACAACAACAACACGACGAUUUUAAUAUUUUUAAGUCCGUUCUUAAAGAUUAUAUUCAAAUGUAUUGAAUUAAAAAGUUAAAUACAACUACUUUGGUACGGAUUUCUUUCGUGUACCACUCGGUGGCGUCUACAUACCACACUAAGAAUCACUCAUCUAGAGUUUUGUACUGAAGUUACACAUCAAGUCUGUUUGCACUAAUAAGGACCGAUCCCUACCGCGAAUCAUGAAAGAAAUUUGAGUAACUGAUACCCCUCCCAAUAUAUUUCUAUACAAUAUAAUAUAUAUAUAUAUAUAUUGUAUAUAUAUAUAUAUAUAUAUAUAUUGUAUAUUAAUAUACAAUUAUAUUAAUAGAUGAUGGGUUGUGGUAAGUAUACCACAAACCGUUACCCAAAACACAUUAAUCAUUUCAAACUCAACUUAUUACAUUACCCUUCAAAAUAAGUAGUUAAAAGAUUCAGUUUAAAAAAAUAAAAUAAAAAAUCCAACCUAAGUACAUGCACGUGCAGUUAGGACUCUCAGUGACAACCCAGGCGAAACUUAGUUUCUCCCUUGAUAUACAAAGCUUGUCUCAGUCGGGAUGUUUCACUACACCAUACUUCCUUUGACCAACUGACGAUAGUACUUUCCUUCUGUAUUUAGACUAGGGCUGAGUUUUUCAGUGAAAAGCUGAGGACAGGUUCUAAAUUCGUGGAUCGUGAACCGCAAAUAUGCGGGAGAUUAAUGUACGUAAGUUGCACAUUAAAGUCUGCUUACAACAAUUCUUAUUAUUUUUUUUUGUUUUUGUUUUUACUGCUUACAAAUGCAGACAACGGGCUAGUUACUGUGUUGUUUCUGCUCUUUUUACUUUUAAGCCACACAUUGACAGUAGUAAAUGUGGGGAACAAAAAGAAGCCGAGCCAUACAAAUUUAACAGCAAAUACAACAUCCAUCCAUCCAUUUUCUGAGCCGCUUCUCCUCACUGGGGUCGCGGGCGUGCUGGAGCCUAUCCUAACUGUCAUCGGGCAGGAGGCGGGGUACACCCUGAACUGGUUGCCAGCCAAUCGCAGGGCACAUAGAAACAAACAACCAUUCGCACUCACAGUCAUGCCUACGGGCAAUUUAGAGUCCAAUGCAUGCAUGUUUUUGGGAUGUGGGAGGAAACCCACGCAGGCACAGGGAGAACAUGCAAAAUCCACACAGGUGGGGCCGGGGAUUGAACCCCGCACCUCAGAACUGUGAGGCUGACGCUUUACCCAGUCGGCCACUGUGCCGCCAAAUCCAACAUAUAUAUUUAAAAAAAAGGUAGGAAAAAAGUCCCAAAAACAACCAUCCAUCCGUUUUUUAUAGCACGUUAUUGUGAUUGCACAAAUGUUCAAAAUAUGUAAUACAUAUUUUUAAUAGUUGUAUCAAGACCGAACCUUGGUAAAAUACAUCUCAUUAUUACCUCCAUUUUUCACCAUUGCAAUGGGUUUGUUGAGGUAAUUACAUUAAUAAACCACUGAAGUUAUUGAGAAAAAUCUUUACAAUGGGUCAUAAGAGGAGGGUUGACCCUGAGUCAGAAAUGGAAAAAAAAUCCGAAACAACAUUUUCUAACAACAUUAACUCCAUUAUUCACAAUAUCAAUUAGUAUGAAAAGUUGAUAGCAUUUAAGACACUAGACUUACUACUUAAAAAGAAAAAAAGCCAACAACUUUACAAUCGGUCAAGUUAACCUGUUAUUCAAAAGUGUCAGAAACGUGGAGGAAAAAAAAUCUCAAACAUUUUGUCUCAUUAUUAACUCCUUUACUCACAAUUCUAACCAAUAUUUAUAAGUGUUAUCAUCUCAAUGUACGACAAAGUUUGUCCAAACAUUACAGUUACUACUACUACUAUUCCGAACUGUAAUGCUUGCUCUGCUCAUGCUAAUCCAUCAAAAGCAGAAUAUCCUGGUCCCCCGUUUCUCAACACAUGGAAAAAUUGCUGCCAUUCCAACAUUUCUUAUUGUUGCUUUAAUAUCUGAAGCUUAUAACUGAUGGUCGCAGCGUCGCCUACUUGUCACGUGUUGUGCGUUUCCAAGGAGAAGCGCCCAGUCGCCACAGAUCUAUAAAUGAAACAUUAAAUGGUGUCAGU